CAGGAUCCCGGGAUCGUUUUAGCAACACCAUAGCUGUGUGGUUAAAAAAAUAAGCAGGGAGUGCCCACUUUUAUUUUUCUCCCUUUCAUUCAAUUCCAGAAGUCUCUCAAGAAGCCAAAAUUACCAUGCUACCGUUGAAAAAAAUGUCUGCCCUGAUCAGUCGUGGUUGGUGCACAUAUUUGCAGCCCUUACCGUCUAACACAGGGAAUAUUCAUAAGUUUGAUUCUCCACUGGCUGGGCCUAUGCAGAUCCAUUGGCUCUUGCUGGUCUGGAAAGCUCUACCUUAGAACAUUGGGUCAUGAUAUUGAAGUGGUGUGUUUAACACUUAAUGUUUUAUUAUGUUUUUGUAUAAGUUGGAAACUGCCCAGAGUGGCAGUAAUAAUAAUAAUAAUAAUAAUAAUAAUAAUAAUAAUAAUAAUAAUGGAAUAGGACAUUCCUAUUUGCAUGGGAGAAAUGUUGGAGGGUAUGGGACAGGCGUAGGAGAUAGCUAGUGCUCAGAAGGUGCAGGAACAACUUCAGCUGGAAUCCAAAGGAAUAGGCACAUUUGCAUAUUUAUAAAAAGUGGAACAUGGAAGACAACCAUAUGAGAAAUCUUAGUCACGUCCCUUAAGAGGAGCAGGGCUUGUGGCUGCUGGUUUUCUCAGGGCCCAGGGGUGCCACAUCGCGAGGUUCAUUGUGACAUCUCCCUCUGCUGGCUCACUGGUUGCCAGAGCUCUAGAAGGCCUGGGGAUCUCCUAUGCUUGGAUCAUUUCAUGCUUGCGAGAGAAGCAGGAAGACAUUCAAGUAGGAUUUCUUUCAGCAUAUCGGAUCCUCUUAAUUGAGGGUCUGCGUUGCACACAGGCCAUAGGUGCACCCCUCCUUCCUUGGGAGGGGUGGGGGAGGAGCUGAGCCACGAUCCCACGUGGGGGUCCCACGAUCACACCAUGGCCUGCUGGCCAAUCGGGAGUGGUGGUGUGAUCGAGGGGGGCCUUUAAAAGGCAGCUGUGCGGCAUUGGGGGGGGGGGGUUACCUGGGUUUGCGCCACCAAACACCCGCCCUCAAUUUAGGUGUGUGCUUUGGCCUUGCUCUGGACUUUGGUUGGUCGCCUGUUUUGGAACAGGGGCCGGGUAGGAAUAUUUCCAUUUGGCAAAUUGGCACUGGCCUCUUGGUUUUGGCCUACCUCUUAGCAAUCGUCACAACUUUGUAAGGUUUGGCGGUUAGGCAUUGGCUUAUGGUGAAUGGGGGAGGUGAGGUGCGGCCAUCACCUGCCCCUCCAGGUACAAGGGUAUUCCAGUAAAGGAAUCCGCGGGUCCAGAUCUCGUCCAAAGUCUGCUUGGGAGGCUAGGGCCAUGCCAGGACCCAACGGGAACCCCGGGGUGAGUUUCAGUUGGUCACCAUUGAUGGAGCUCCCUCUGUUGGUGGUUUACCCUUCCAGACUUCCUGCAAGGCGGGCAGGAGUCAGAUAUACCAGUAGUUAUUCCCAAUGUAACAACUUAAACCCUAAAAAAAGCUCAACAACUUCAGUUGGCCCUUUGGUCGGCACGCACGGCCGCCCUUCACUUCAUCAAAUCUGGACCUCUUUGAACACCACUGGCCUAAGCCAAUACCACUCACAUUGCUGUAAUCAAUAAAGUUGUGGCCUAAAUUUUGCCCAUUAAUCUUUAAACUAAAAUUCUGUCUCAAUGGGUUCUUAUUAUUCUUGGGGGGGGGUGCCGGGGCCUUGAUGUGCAACUGAAUUGUGUGGUGAUAGUGAGCUUAGAGGCAUGAAUGCAAAAACCAGUUUAGAGACGUAGAUCAGGAGAGUACUAACUGUGAACCCCAUUUCUCACAUUUUUCUCUUUCCUUUUUAGGCUUUCCAGACUGAGACAAGCUCUUUUAAGGAUGGCGAGAAAAAACAAAGUUUGCCCUGUCCCAGAAUCCCCCCCCCUCGCCCACCGCUGGCCCUCUGCCUCCCCCUGCAGACCCCUGUUUGAAAAGACUACAAAGGAAAAGCCUUUUAGCAUAGAUGUCGAUUCCAGUCCCUAAGGUUUCUUAGGAAAGGUCUCUGUCUGAGGCCUAUUUUGAGGUUUAGAUAAUCAUAUCCCAUGUGGCUCUUGGUUUCCCUGUAGGCUCCACGUACUUCCUCGCCUCCACAGGCGAAAGAGAAAGAAAUUCAACCUGAAGGUAAUGUCUAUUUCUAUGUAUGUGUUCAGAAAGUCUCUCUCUCUGUGUGUGUAAGAAAGCCUCUCUAACUGCCAGCCUUCUUUUCCUUUCAGAAGAGCUCAUCAUCAAAGAUAUUGAAGAUCUGGAGGAAGAGGAGUAAGAGACUGUGCGGCAUUGGAGCAGCUUUAUCAAUCGUUAACAGUUCUUGGCUGUUGUCAAGUUUUGCUUUUGUGUCUUUCCUUGAAGGUGAAAGCUUGCGGAGAUGAUGCGGUAGCUCAGCGUUGUCUUGCUACGCUCUCAGCAUGCGCCGCCCCAGGCCAAGGCAGUUUGCUGGGCCCAGCAGCGGAAGCAGCACGUGCCAGGUAUUGGGGGAAAGGCUGUGCAUUUAACCAAAGGGUGGUUCAGAGCCUCUCUUUAAGGCUCUGCACUAACUCCCUGCUCUGGCAGCGCAUAAGGAAUGUGUGUGACUAGAGAGAUGUUUUGGAUAGUGGAAAGGCCCAGAUUUUAAAAGCUGUGGACCUCACUAUGGGAAGUCAGCCUCUCAGGCUGAUUUCCUUCACUGAGGGGCAAAGGGGCAGGGAUUAUGAAGCUAAAUCGUCACUCUGAGUUCUUUGCAGGAAAACCGGGAGAAAAAGAUAACAAUUUUUAAAAUAAAACCCAAAUAAAUAUCUAAGGGAGGAGGGAAGCCAGAAGCAGCCACAACACAUAUUUUGCUCCUUUAUAUUCUCAGAUGGGGCGCUGCUGAGACUGCUGCCUGAGCCAGAGGUGUGCUUAGUUUGUACUAGAAAUUGGCUUUUAGUAGUGUAGCUCCAGCCCUCUGGAAUCCAUUCCCAGCUGGAAUUAGACAGGUGCCCAGCAUCAUAAUGUUUAGGUGUCUUUUUGAAGAUGUUUUAUUUAGGAAAACUCUCCCUAAUGUGUGACCC